AUGGCGGGACAACGGAAAUCGCUUGUUCAAUCUGGAUCCGUGCAGACGGACGGAAAGAAAUUGCAGACACCGUUUACACUUGCUGUCCUUGGACCGGCGACUUGUCUCGAUGGAUCGUGCAAUGAUGGGGGAUUGCGAUAUGUGAUGUCUGCACUGUCGCUCGCCUCACAAUAUGUCACUCUAAACUCGAAUCAAACGAAUGAAAUCUCAAACUCUUCGUCGCUCAAAUUCUUUGCCGAUUUCCGGCCAAUUGUCAUCGAUAAUCUCAAUCAGAAUCCGGUGGCUGCGGCAUCGACGGCGAGUAGACUCAAAAAUGUAACCGCAAUUUAUGGAUUGACACAGAAUUGCGAUGUGGAGACUGCAGUGACGGGUUUCUAUGAAAAGAUGACAAUUGUUGAUAAUUGUGGCUACAAUCAGCAGCUGAUGGUCGGCUUCCCGACAACUUCGGUUUUCCUCUCGGCUUCACCAGGUCUCUCCGGGAAUGCUUUAUCUGUUCUGAUUUCUCAAUUCGGAUGGUCGCAUAUUGGUUUGAUUUCACCGCUUUUCCUUUCAACUUUCGAUUCAAAUGUUCGCGAUGAGGCAAGCGCCGCUCUUAUCAAUUGUGGAGUGAGCAUUUUGUUGGAUUCUCGUUACGAUGUGACUGCGAAUCAUAAUUACACUCUCACAAAAGUCUCACAAGAUGUACAAGCAGCUAGGGUCUUUGUCGGCAUCGAUCCAACGGGCACUGUUUGCAGAAACUUUUUGCUUAGUUUAGCGCAACUUGGACUCCACUCAACCGGGCAAUAUUUCCUCAUUUGCUCAUUGUCGUACAACGAAGUGAGAGAAUGGAUCGAUACAGCACAAAAUGCGACCAAUUUGGGCAACAAUGACUUUACAAACUACAAUGUCACCGAUGCGGAUAUGGAUUUGGUGCUGAGAAACGCUUUGUUUUUCACUGAUGGACCACCGCCUGGAUAUGCGGAUAAAGGAUGGGAGAAUUAUAUGAAUGAGGGAAAUGAUUGGAUUCAAACAAAUUAUGGGAUGAAUGAUGGGCCAACAUAUUGGGAUCGUUUCUCUCGGGUCUACGAUGCGGCGAAAGUUUGGAUGAUGGUUGGAGCGGGAAUGUUAGAUUACAGUCAAGAUAUCUCAAAUGGAUCAAUAAUCGUACAAUACAUGGCGAAUCGAGCAUUUAUAAGCAUCACUGGUGCACCCGAUUUAAUCAACUAUUAUGGUUUUGUGAGUGGAUCGGCUACAAUCUAUCGAGUUGCCAAUUUCACUGAUGGCUCAAAUUCAACAACUUGGGGCUUCUGGGCAGCUGGAAGAGUGACAAUCGAUCAAACGAAUACAACGAACUGGCUAGCUACCGAUAUUAAACCCCUCUCAUGGACACCAAAAUGGAUAUCCGGUGGUCCACCACUUGAUGUACCUGCUUGUGGAUUCCAUAAUGAGCUCUGCAUGCAGCCUCGAGACCGUCUCUUCAUCAUUCUUUCCUGUGCUUCAAUUGUGGUCGUUUGUAUUCUCAUCUCGAUCGCCGCUGUACUCUAUCGUCGUUAUCGUUUCGAGCGUCGUCUUCACUCGCUUUCAUUUCUCAUCGAUCGUCGAGAUAUCAUUUUGAAGAAACACGUGAAUAUUCUCUCAACGAGAAGUAUUCGAUCAAUUCACGAUAUGAGAGAUUCGUUUGUUGGGCACGAUGCCAAGGGUAGCCAUUUUCUUAUUGGCGAUUUCGCGCAAAAUUUCCGCAGAGGAUCGAAUUUUUCAAGGGGAAGCAUGGUUGGACCAGCGCCAAUGGACGGAUUUGGGGAAAUUCUCGAUGCAGGACCGAUAAAAGAAGGAGAUGAUCCAUUGGAUGCAAGAUGGAAUAAUCUGAUGGGUUUCGCAGUCGGAAUGCACGAGGGAGCGCUGAUCGGAUUGAAGAGAAUUUGGAAAGAAGAUGUCCAAUUGAAUCGAGAAGUGCGAAAAGAGAUUAUACAAAUGCAAGAAUGCCAUCACGAGAAUUUGUUGGCUUUGAAGGGAAUGGUUGUGCACACUCCGUCCGUUUUCAUUGUACACGAGUUGGCAAGUCGGGGAUCGUUGAAGGAAAUCCUUGAAAGUGAUCAACUUCAAUUGGAGGACAUCUUCCUCUAUCAAAUGAGCAAAGAUAUUGUGACUGGUCUCGAGUUUCUGCACUCGAGUCCAAUUGGAUGCCAUGGAAGACUCAAAUCGACGAAUUGUUUGAUCGAUGCUCGUUGGAUGGUGAAACUCUCCUCGUUUGGACUCCGACAACUACGAGAUGGCGAAGAAGAUGAAGAAGGCGGAGAUCAAGACUAUUUAUGGACGGCUCCCGAAGUUCUUCGUUGGGGUGGUUCACUGGCGAACUAUUCGGAGAUUUUGUUGGCCAAAGCUGAUAUCUAUUCUCUGUCUAUUCUCCUCUAUGAGAUCUUUGGCCGAGCAGGACCAUGGGGAGAUGAACCACUCACACCAACAGAUAUUCUUGAUCGUCUCGGCAAUCACGAUCCAUUGAGCGAAAAGAAACCGUAUCGACCAGAUAUGACCGGAUUGAAGCAAGUGCAUCAAGCGAUUCGAGAAACAAUUGAAGCUGGAUGGGUGGAUGAUCCUCUUGCACGCCCAACUGCACCACAAAUCAGGAGAAAACUCCGCGUGUUGACUGUUGGAUUAAAGAAAAGUAUCAUGGACUCGAUGGUGGAAAUGAUCGAGAAGUACACGGCAAGAUUGGAACGGGACAUCACCGAAAGGAACUCCGAAUUGGCAGCAGAGAAGAAGAAAACCGAACAAUUGCUGAAAAUGAUGUUACCACAAGUGGUAGCCGAGAAUCUGAAGAACGGAACAGCCGUGCAAGCCGAGAGUUUCCCAUCGGUGACGAUUUACUUCUCGGAUUGUGUCGGAUUCACCGAACUCUCGGCUACGUCGAAACCGAUUGAAAUUGUUCAAUUCCUCAACGAUCUCUACACUUGUUUUGAUCAAAUCAUCGAGCGCUUUGAUGUCUACAAGGUUGAAACAAUCGCCGAUGCGUAUAUGGUUGCUUCGGGUCUUCCCAUUCAAAAUGGUCAACAUCAUGCCGGAGAAGUGGCAUCUAUGGCUUUGGCUCUACUCACUGCUAUUGAUUCUUUCAAAAUUCGACAUCGACCCGCCGAAAAGGUGAAUCUUCGCAUUGGAAUGCAUUCGGGACCUUGUGUUGCCGGGGUUGUUGGUUUAAAAAUGCCUCGUUAUUGUCUUUUUGGUGACACGGUUAACACGGCUUCAAGAAUGGAAAGCAACGGAAUACCCCUAAGAAUCAAUUGCUCUCAAGCGGCUCGCGAUAUCCUUGAACAACUUGGUGGAUAUCAUAUGGAAAAUCGGGGACUCGUUGAAAUGAAAGGAAAAGGACUUCAAAUGACGUAUUUUGUAACCGGUGAGGACCCGAUGAAACGUCGUGAGCGUUUGAGUCGAGACAAGGUGAAAUUCCCGACACUUCGCUUGCCGCUGGAGGCAAUGGAGAAAAAUGAAAACGCACUU